GGAGACGGCGCGGCGGCGGCGGUGAGAGCAGGAGCAGCGACAGAAGGCGUCGGAGCGGGCGUCGGAGCUGCCCGCUGAGGGAGAGCGAGCGAGCGAGCGAGCGAGGGAGGGAGGGAGAGAGCGCGGAGCGAGAGCCCCGGGGCGGAAAAGUAACUGUCAAAUGCGCGGCUCCUUUAACCGGGGCGCCCAGUCCGGCUCCGAGAGUCAUGGCGACCGCAGCGUCUAACCACUACAGCCUGCUCACCUCCAGCGCCUCCAUCGUGCACGCCGAGCCGCCGGGCGGCAUGCAGCAGGGCGCGGGGGGCUACCGCGAGGCGCAGAGCCUGGUGCAGGGCGACUACGGCGCGCUGCAGAGCAACGGGCACCCGCUCAGCCACGCUCACCAGUGGAUCGCCGCGCUGUCCCACGGCGGCGGCGGCGGGGGCGGCGGCGGCGGCGGCGGGGGCGGCGGCGGCGGCGGCGGCGGCGACGGCUCCCCGUGGUCCGCCAGCCCCCUGGGCCAGCCGGACAUCAAGCCCUCCGUGGUGGUGCAGCAGGGGGCCCGCGGCGACGAGCUGCACGGCCCGGGGGCGCUGCCGCCGCCGCAGCACCCGCCGCCGCCGCCGCCGCAGCAGCCGCAGCCGCAGCAGCAGCAGCCGCGGCCGCCGCACCUGGUGCACCACGGCGCCAACCACCACCCCGGGCCCGGGGCAUGGCGCGGCGCGGCGGGCGCGGCGCACCUCGCGCCCUCCAUGGGCGCCUCCAACGGCGGCUUGCUCUACUCGCAGCCCGGCUUCACGGUGAACGGCAUGCUGGGCGCGGGCGCGCAGCCGGCCGGGCUGCACCACCACGGCCUGCGGGACGCGCACGACGAGCCGCACCGCGCCGAGCACCACGCGCACCCGCACCCCCACCCGCCCCCGCCGCCGCCCCCGGCCGCCCCCGGCCCGCCGGGCCACCCGGGCGCGCACCACGACCCGCACUCGGACGAGGACACGCCGACCUCGGACGACCUGGAGCAGUUCGCCAAGCAGUUCAAGCAGCGGCGCAUCAAACUGGGAUUUACCCAAGCGGACGUGGGGCUGGCCCUGGGCACGCUCUACGGCAACGUCUUCUCGCAGACCACCAUCUGCAGGUUCGAGGCCCUGCAGUUGAGCUUCAAGAACAUGUGCAAGCUCAAGCCUUUGUUGAACAAGUGGUUGGAGGAGGCGGACUCGUCCUCCGGCAGCCCCACCAGCAUAGACAAGAUCGCGGCGCAGGGGCGCAAGCGGAAAAAGCGGACCUCCAUCGAGGUGAGCGUCAAGGGGGCUCUGGAGAGCCACUUCCUCAAAUGCCCCAAGCCCUCGGCCCAGGAGAUCACCUCCCUCGCGGACAGCCUGCAGCUGGAGAAGGAGGUGGUGAGAGUUUGGUUUUGUAACAGGAGACAGAAAGAGAAAAGGAUGACCCCUCCCGGAGGGACUCUGCCGGGCGCCGAGGAUGUGUACGGGGGGAGCAGGGACACGCCGCCUCACCACGGGGUGCAGACUCCGGUCCAGUGAACUCCGGGGGGGAGGGGCAGAGCGCGGGGCUCCCCUCCCCUCCGCUCCGCGGUCCUUCCUCGGACCUCUGUCCCCCCUCUAACUUCUGAUUGUUUUGGGGUUUUUUUUUUUUUUUCUUUUUCUUUUUCUUCUUUUUUAAUUAUUAUUUUCCCGGUCCCUUAAAAAAAAUGGAGAAAAAAAUAGAGAAAACAAGGAAAAGGAAAGGAACUAAAACACUGGACUACCUUAUCACAGGUAGCAGGUGUGAUGAUGGGUUUGGACCUGUGUAGGCCAAGUCCCCAGGCGAUGGAGUAGAAUGUCUCCGUGUGUGUGUGUGUGUGUGUGUGUGUGUGUGUGUGUGAGAGAGAGAGAGAGAGAGAGAGAGAGAGAGAGAGAGAGAAGAGAGAGAGAGCAGUCCUGGCAAAACUAAAUAAAUUACCAAAAAAAAAAAUCCACCAAACCGUUCAAAACACAAAACUGCAGCUUCCCAAUGUUCAAAGUUGACACGUGCUGCUGUGUUUAUUUAAUGUGGGUCCUCAUCAGCAAAGUGGGAAAAUACACUUUUUUAAAUAUAUAUAUAUAUAUAUAUACAUAUAUAUAUAUAGGCAAAUUUUAACCACACAAAUUUGCACUGCAAGAAAAUUGAAGUUUACAUUAACAAGUUCUACAUUUUUUUCUCUUACUACCCACUGUUAAUUUUGAGGCUGUCCUUUUGGGUUCUGUUUUGCUUUGCCUUAUCCAGCGGACAGGGCAGAAGCCAGCUCCUGGCUACCCUCCAUUUCUAGUGUUCUGAUGCCCUUGUUCUUCCUGCUUGUGAACUUUGUUUUCUUCAAACCCUCCAGAUCCGGUGUAACAUUUAUUGGCUCUUUUCACCAAAGCAAAAGGAUUGGCUUCAUACAAAAUAAAUAAACGUUUGCAUUCAGGAAACGUGUAUGCUUUGCCUGCGUUGUGCAAGGCAGGAAUGCUGUUUGGAAUACAAAGAUCAGAGUUGAGCGUUGGUGUCCGUGAACCACAGGGUAGACUUCACCUUCAGGCAGCAUUUGUGGGUAAGGAGGCAAAACAAAAAUCGAUACUGAGUGGCCACUCACUUCAUUUUAUCAGGCAGGGCUGUUUUGAAAGCUGGGAAGAAAUGCGAGGUUGAAUACAUUGCUGUAGAGUUUCUGUCCAACAGAAAGAAGCUGGGAACUCAGGGGGACUGGGACGCCCCUGAGUAGCUCUCUGCCUUUGGAUUUAAUAACUUAAUUAUAAGGGAUUAGUUGUGGUGACAGCAGCCGUUGAACCUUGCUCCUCUACCAGGUCUUCUUUUUAACGGAAAGAAGGUAACCCAGAAACUUGGUCACAUGCAGAGACUGCUUCUUAGCGAGCCCGUGCACACACCGUACAGGCAUAUACAUUAGACAGACAGGUUUGUCCUCAACAGUUUGUUUGUUUAUCAGGUCAUGUUUGGGGUCUUACAUCAUCUUCCCCCAUAAUUUAUUACAGAAAAAUAUCUGUUCAGCUUGGACAGAGUUCUCCCCCCUCUUUCAUUAAAAAAGACAAAUGAAGGGAGAGGAGACAUUUUCAGUAUUUCCUUUCUCCCCCUUUGUUAAUAAAUUUUCAGUGCAUUUUUUAAAACCUUGUCUCGAUGGGAAAUGGCUUUCUCCCAACACAAUAGAAUAUUCUGAAAGGUGUAGGUAAAAAAAAACAAAAACAAAACAAAGCAUAUGACUAUUAACACCAUUAAACUGUGAUCAACUAAAAAAAAAAUGAAUCGUUAUCAGCACAAAAGGGCGCUAAAAGGGAAACACUUUUUUAUUAACCUUAAGUGUUUAGGGGUUUGUUUCUUUGUUAGCUAUUAGAUAAAUCGUUAUGUUAAAAAUUAAAUUUUCACCACCAUAAUAUUAUGGUUCAGCAUCAGAUUAGUCCUGCACUCGGUGUUAGGAAAUGUGCUUUAUCCAGUGUUGUUUUUUCCAAAUAUCUGCAGUUGUUUCCUUUUCAAUGCUUUUGCAAGAUAAAUGAUUGCUUAUAAUGGGCAUAUUUAUUUGCCUGUAUUUCAUUUCCCCCAAUGAAUGUCACGGGAGAUGGCAUAGAGCUAUUUCAGGUUCUACCACACUGCUUGUUCCUGAUGUGUGGGCACUGGCCUUCGAUGAAGCAACCCAGAGCACGGCAAAUAGCCAAUGGUAAAAGGAGGAAAUGAAUUUGCAGAUACUUAUUACCAAGUAGGUAAGGUCAGAAACUGGUGUUCUGAGGAUGUGUCUACAUCUUCUCUUUCUCAUAGGCUUACAAAAGUGAAAGUUGCCACUGAACCUUACCAUAUGUAUAUAUGUUUAAUAUCUGUCUUUUGACAUGCAGAAAUAGUUUAAAUGUUUCUUUGUCUAUUUUUCUUUCUUUCUUUCUUUUUAAUGCUACCCAGGGAAAUAUUUUCAUAUCGUUUUACGUGGCCUGCCUCAAUGUAUAUUUAUUUCUUUGGAGCAAAAAGGUUCUGAAAACUGGUUUUCUGUAGCUUUAAAUGAGUAGGUAGCAAGAUCUAUAUGGGAUGUUGUGGUUUUUUGUUCAAUUCCUUUAAAAAAACGCUUUGUUUGGUACCUUUGGUUGUGCUUGUGGGGAAAAUAAAAGCGCAGAGAUCCUUAUAUAUUUAUGUUAAAGUAAUAUUUUAUUAUUACAUAAAACAGAAAUGCACAAUACCUUCAUAGUUUGUUCUAAUUAUUGAAAUAUCUUUAUUUUAUUCUUAAAGAUAGUGCCAAGUUCUAAGAGGUGAAGAAGCCCUACCUAGACCUUAUGAUGACUGAGCUUAGCUGUGUAUAAAAAUACUUCCCUUCCUUUAUACUUCAUAAAGUUUUGGAAUAAAUUUUAUGCAUAUAUUGCCAGCUUUCAUGUUUAUAGCUCCCAAAGGUAUUUUCUUAUUUGUUUGUUUGUUUGUUUGUUUUUAUUUUAAAUGAAGACUUUUCUUUGCAGAAAGUAUCAUGGGCCCCAAAUAUUUUCUUCACUGCCUUGCAGCAUUAAAUCAAAGCAGUCAUUGGGUUUCAGCUUCAAUUUGUUUGCCAUUUCCUGAGCCAACAAAAAACAUACUUGCCUUGUAAAUAUGUGCCCAGGCCCCUACACCUUCCUUCCAGGUCAGCUGCACCUUCCCGGGGAGGUUGUUUGGGAAAGUAUCAUUAGAACCAGAUGAACUUAGCCUCUGCCCACAUAGCCAUUGAUAAUGUGAGAGCUUCAGAAAAGUGAGGCCUAGCUAGGAAUUAUUCUACAUAAUUAACAAAUAUCUUUCAACAACAAAAAAUCCUGGCAAUAUGCCAUAAUAUGUGUUUACAGGGAAA